AUGCAGCUCAGCCAGUGGCUGUACCUCUCCGGGCUGGUGUUUGCCGUGCUGAUCCCGGCGGGGUGGCAGAUGGGCCCCGAGGACCUGGGUGACACGUCCAGAUGGCAGUCCUACGAAUCCCAAAGCGCCCGGAGCUUCGCAUCCAACAUCAAGCGCCACUCGGAAGGCACCUUCACCAGCGACUUCACCCGCUACCUGGACAAGAUGAAGGCCAAGGACUUUGUGCACUGGCUCAUCAACACCAAGCGGUACAGGUAA